AUUCGUACGCUGAAAGAGUUCACACGCGCGCAUUCACUAACUGGAGCCGUCGAAUGCAAUUACCAGCUGGGCCGGAUAUCAGCCAACGACAGUACGUCCUGAUUAUCGUCACUCGGAUGCAACUGGAGAAGCCAGCGAACGUGACGUGCAACAAGUGCGCGACCUUCAGAAAUUCGUUACAUUCUUCGUGUGUUUGAUUCGAUCUGCGGAGCACAUAUCGAAGACUGAAGGUGUUGCCUCCGUUGAUGCUGAGUUCCACGCGUGCCUACACACGCGAAUUGCAUUGACGUGCCAUACCAUCCUUGCCUGGCUUGAUAGAUGAGAACAGCGGAACGGUGGGGUGGUCGACGUCUGCACCUAUUCGAUUCACGGUUGACAUCAAUUGAAGAAUAAAGUGGAUUAUUUUACAUCUGCAGCUGGGGAAGAUAGUCUUGUUAGUGUUCUGCCAUUACCAGCUAGCAUCGUUGAUAUUGUUUGUUAUUCGAAUUUUUAGUGUUCGGUAAUAUUCGUAUAAAGUUUGAGUGUACGAUAAGAAGGAAACUGUGAACAUUAGCCAUGUACAUGUAUGACCCACCAAAGAAAAAUAACUUCACAUCUGUGGAAGAAUUCCAGGAGGCGUUCAACCUGUUCGACAACCGCGGCGAUGGAAAAAUUCAGCAGCAGCAGAUUGGCGAGUGUCUGCGCGCUUUGGGCCAGAACCCGACCGAGUCGGAUGUGAAAAAGUUCACUAUGCAGCUGAAACCGGACGAGCGCGUGUCGUUCGAGGUGUUCUUGCCCAUCUAUCAGGCAAUUUCGAAGCAGCGUACGGCGGACACGGCUGAUGAUUUUAUCGAGGGGCUGCGCCACUUCGAUAAGGAUGCCAGCGGGUUCAUUUCCUCAGCUGAGCUGAGACAUUUGCUGACCACGUUGGGUGAGAAGUUGGCCGAUGAUGAGGUUGAACAACUCCUCCAGAACCAGGAAGAUUCGCAAGGUAACGUUAACUAUGAAGAGUUCGUUCGAAUGGUCAUGAGUGGUUAGAGGGACUGGGAAAAACUGAGUUCAUCAAAUCCACCAUAUUUUACAAUAUCUUGUAUUGGAUAAUUCGACUUGAAAGAACAACUUUUAGGAUUCCAAUGUGCCCAAGUUUUGUUCAACGAACCUUUGAAAAGUGGGUGGAACAACAAUAUUUACUUCGUAGCAUAGUCUGAAAGUUAGGCCACAGUGUAAGGUUUAAAAUGUUACUUAAUCAAAAUGGUUUUUCUGUUUCUAAAAGUUUUACCUUCCAAAAUAGUGGCUAGUUAAUAUUUUAGACCACUAUGAUGUGAAUUUCAUCAAAAAUUAUAGUAUUAUUUUCAACCUAAUCUGUGCAUUCUCACUUUCUAUUGUUAAGUUGCUGGUCUAACAUUUCUGUUGAUGUGCUACCGGUCACAGUUCAAUUGAUUGCAUUUCUUCAAAAACCGCGUUUGAAUGUUAAACUACUGCUUAUAUCUAUAUAAAACCUUUAUUAUAUUUUAAUGUGUAAUAAAAGCCUAAUUUAUACACUACA